AUGAACUUCCUUUCCAGUGCGUUGAAUUCCUUAACAGGGUCUUCUAUUCCGUACACUCUUAAAGAAAAAAUCGUGGAUCCCACUAGCACUUCCAAUUUGGUGAAUAGAAACUCCAUCUGGACAGUGUACAAUGGCUUGAACCCGAAGAGUGAUCAGUCGCCAGUGACCGUAUUUGAGUUCAAUCUUAAGGAUCCUGUGAAUAUUCAAAGACGCUGGGAGCCUUUGGCCCGAAAUGCAUUCAAAAAACUCAAGUUGAUCAAAUUUCCUGCUAUUCUCUCUGUGAUAGACUUUAUCGAAAACGAUUCUUAUUUAUACAUCGUCACUGAACCAGUGAUCCCUUUGCUUAAUUACUUGCAAGAUUCGGAAUUGCCAUUGUCCCAAGAUGCGAAAUUGUGCGGCCUUCAAUCCAUUGCCCAAGCAUUGCUGUUUAUUAACAUGUCCUGUAGUAGUGUGCACGGUAAUAUCAACAUUUCCAGUUCUGUUUUUGUCACAGCACUGGGCGAUUGGAAGUUGUUUGGUUUUGAAUUGUUAACCAACUUGAAGUCUGACCCAGACCAACCUCUCUAUAGACUUUCAGGGUCGUCACCGGAUUUCAGAAACGUAGUUCCAGAUGAAGUGAACUCUGAUGGAGUAGAAGCUGUCAGAAGCUUUCCAAUUAAACUUGACUCUUACAAGUAUGGUGCGUUUGCUUACCAAGUUUUGUCCACUAGUGACUUCAGAGAUAUUAGCUCUCAAUUCGAUGCUCGAAACAUAUCUAGCAAGGUCAUUCCAAGCAGAAUCGCGGGCCCAUUGCGAAAGUUGGUCAACUCAAAGUUGAACUUGAGAAGUAGUAUCGAUAAGUAUGAACAAGAAACAAGUUCUUUCAACAACACCAACGCCCUCAUAAAGCUUAAUAAGCAAUUGGAGGACUUCAAGUUCCAAAAUGACGAACAGAAGAUGGAGUUCAUCAAGUUUGAAUUGUCUGGUUAUUUCGGAGAAACUCAUGCAGAGGGGUAUUUUCCUUCUGGUUUCUUGAACUAUAAGCUCUUGCCAGAAUUAAUUAGCCAAUUUAGCGCUUUGUCCAAAGUCAAACCAACCGUAAACACGUCACCAGCAGAAACUCAACAGCGUCAAGAAACUCUUGCUUUGCUCUUAGACUACAUCUUGAAAUUUGGUUCCAAGCUUUCAGAAAUUGAUUUCAACAAGUCUAUAAAACCAAUUAUUCUUGAAACAUUCAAUCUUGGAGACAGAUCUAUCAGAUUAGUUCUCUUGACCCACUUACCAAUGUAUGCCUCCUUCUUGUCCGAAUCCGAUAUCCAACUGAGAAUAUUUCUAAACUUGAUCAGCGGUUUCCAAGAUACCAAUUUCAUGAUUAGAGAGACUACGUUGAAAUCAAUCACUAUUGUUAUAGAUAAAAUCUCUGUAAAGCAAGUUAACCAAGACCUAUUGAAGGUAUUGGCGAAGUCACAGAUGGAUCCUAAGCCAUCUAUAAGAGUCAACACGUUAAUCUUAAUCAUCAAGAUUUCCAGCAAGAUUUACAAGAAUUCCAAGAAUAAUGUAUUGAUAACAGCAUUAUCAAAGUCUUUGAGAGACACAUUUACCCCCAGUAAGUUGACUGCAUUGUCUGGUUUUGAGAGUCUAAUCGAUGAGUUCUCCUUAGAUGAAAUUUGCACAAAGAUCUUGGGCCACCUUGCUAUUUCGUUGAUGGACAAAACUUCGAGCAAGGUGCGUAAGGAAGCCAAAAGAAUCUUUCAAUUGUAUUUAGACUCAGUUGAAGCUCACGCGUCCACCUUGCCAAACAUUGAUGCAGAUGAUGAGGCUGAAGAAGCAGAGUUUUUCAGUAAAUAUGCUCCGACCAUGACAAAUUCAAACACUACAAGCAAUGAAGCUAAUGAUAGUUCUAACGGUGGUGGAGCCCUCUCGUUGGGCUGGAGCAUGGUCAAUAAAUUUGUUGGACCAUCUGCUGUGCAGGGCCCAUUAAACCAUGACUUCAACAAUUCCACGCCCGAUUUAACCAGAGAAGCGACACCUACCGCUGAGAAUCCUUCAAGAAUACCAUCAAAGAAACAACAAUCUUGGAUGAGUGAUGUUGUGGUAGAUGAUGGAGACGGUUGGGGAGGCUUUGAUGACAUUGACGAUACACCCAAGACGAUUGUUGAACCUCUAGCAGCACCAAAGAAAUCUACCCCCAAACCAAGAGUCAUCAAGAAAACGGAGGCACCUGUUUCGGGCCGUAAAAUUUCUGGCCUUAAGUUGGGCGCCCCAACCAAGAAGCCAAUCUCUGCUUUAAAGUUAGAUUUGACAGUUGAAGAUGACGAUUCCAAGGCAUGGGAUGAUGAUUGGUAG